AUGGUGUCAGGUCUCCAAAACCCCCGGCAGAUGGCCGCCCAGCUGCUCAACUUUGGCCUCAUUCUCUCGACAGCGUUCAUGAUGUGGAAAGGUCUCUCUAUCGUCUCCGACUCUCCCAGUCCCAUAGUCGUCGUUCUUUCGGGGUCUAUGGAGCCAGCUUUCCAGCGAGGCGAUCUGCUGUUCCUCUGGAAUCGGAACCUUGUUGCCGAGACAGACGUAGGCGAAGUUGUUGUAUACAAUGUCAAGGACAAGGAUAUUCCGAUUGUCCACCGAAUCGUUCGCAAGUUUGGGACAGGCGAGCACGCGAAGCUUCUCACCAAAGGCGACAACAACGCAGCCGACGACACCGAACUGUACGCCUUGGGACAAGAUUACCUGGAGCGAAAAGACAUCAUUGGCAGCGUAUUUGCUUACAUUCCGUUUGUGGGCUACGUGACGAUCAUGCUCAGUGAACACCCGUGGUUGAAGACGGUUAUGCUGGGUAUAAUGGGAUUGCUAGUUGUAUUACAACGGGAAUAA